AUGGAGAGUCUGGAAAGACGGCACCAGGGCAGUAAGGAGUUGCAGCCUGAACUAUGUCAACUGCAAGGAAGAAACUCCCAAUAUCACUUUAUUAAAGAGAAUAAAGCCUGGACUGAAGCUCAGCAGUUCUGCAGAAAGUAUCACUCUGACCUGGUCACAGUGUCCAACAUGRCAGACAUGAAGAGAAUCCUCAACAURUCAGCAGAGGACAUAACUGAAGCUUGGAUUGGUCUGGAAGAACAAACAGGUGUCAACAGGACGUGGUACUGGUCUCUGCCUGGAGUGGAGUUUAAUAAAAAAAGUUCAACAUCUGUGAAAUUCUAUCUGAUUCAAGAAAAGAAGACCUGGCUGGAAGCUCAGAGUUACUGCAGAGAGAAUCAUACAGACCUGAUCAGUGGACUGAACCAGAUACAGCAUACAAGCAACAUUGAUCCAAAUAUAUUCAAGUAUGUGGCAGACUCAACAUACAUACUUAUAGGUCURUUCAGAGACACCUGGAAGUGGUCAGAUGGAAGCGGUUUCUCUUUCAGAAACUGGAAUCUACAGUUUAACAAUGAUCAACAAGGCAGUGGUCAAUGCGCUGUGACUGUGUUUAAUGAUGGAGGCAGAUGGAAAAGAGAGAACUGUACUGACCCUAAACCCUUCAUCUGUUAUGAUGAAACCACACCAGUUCCUGCCAUUGGACUAGAGUUCACAGACACGUUGUCUCGUGUGUCUGGCAGCCAAACCAAACAACGRAUCUUCUCUGGGGAACAACAUUUCAGUGGUCUCCGCCAGCAGCUGAAACCCUCUGGUACCGAAACACAGCAGGAAACCAACUGGUGA